AUGGCAGUGCUACUGCAAGCUCUCUUCCUUUUCUUAGCCGCCAAUUUCAUUACCUUCACCACUGCCAACACCUUCUCUGCAGAACUCAUCCCCAGCAAUCCUCUCAUCACCCCAUUCAAAAACCCAAAUCUGAUUCUCUCUCUGUCUGAAAAGCCCGAUCAGAUCAAAUUCAAUGAUGAUAUCAGAAAGGGUUUACAACCUGACCCUGUAGCCAUGCUUUACCUUGCCAAGUUCUCUAUUGGAACCCCAGCAAUUGAAGUCCUAACAGCUAUGGACACAGGCAGCAAUCUCUUCUGGGUCCAAUGCUUCCCUUGCCAUCCCUGUUUCCAACAGUCCGGUGGCGCAUACUACUUCCCUUCCAAUUCAUUGACAUUUAAUCAAACAGAUCACCUUCCUUAUUACACCAUUGUCUAUGCCGGCAAGUCUUACUCCAAAGGAAAUCUUGCCGGAGAAGUCCUCACUUUCGCCGACGACGUCGACUAUGGUUAUGUUUCAAAGCUCCCAAAUAUCAUCUUUGGCUGUGGAAAUGACAAUAACUUCUAUGAUGGCAAUGGAGUAUUAGGCCUUGGCCCUGGUAACCUUUCCUUAGUCUCUCAACUUGGCAAUCAAGCCAAAUUCUCUUAUUGCUUCAACAAUGCCACUGACCCUACCCAAGUAGGCAAUUUGAUAUUGGGUUAUGGUGCACAAAUUGAUGGUUCCACAACACCGAUGGCUGAUUACUCUACCCAAUACUACUAUAUAACCUUAGAAGGCAUUAGUGUGGGUCAAGAGAGGCUUAAGAUCCCGCCGGCAACGUUCGAGCGUAAACCGAACAGAGGUGGAGGUGGUGCGAUCAUCGAUAGCGGUUCGACGUUUACUUAUCUUGCCAUUGAUGCUUACAAUAAGCUAAGGGAGAAAUUGGAGAGUUUGUUAUCCAAAAGGUCAUUACAAGCAGGAAAGUUUAGUGGAUAUGGUAUGUGUUAUGGAGGGAGUGUGAGUAGGGACUUGACAGGAUUUCCAACCAUGAAGUUCCAUUUUAAGAACAAAGCAGAGUUGGAAGCUCAGUAUUGGACUUUUUUCAGGCAAGUGAAUGAAGAGAUCUUCUGCUUAACAAUGGCUCCUACUACCUCUGAUACUGGUAUCACCAUUAUUGGAAAUCUGGUGCAGCAGGGCUACAAUGUGGGAUAUGAUCUGGUAAAUAAGGUGAUUUCUUUUAAGUAUAUUGAUUGUUCGCCAAUAUCGGCAAUUAUUUAG